CUUGCAGACUGGUGCUUACUGAUGCGUCGCAAGUCGAGUGAUGUGGAUGUUUUUGCUGACGGUACGAGCAGAGACAGUCCUUGUGUUCCUCGACGCGGUUCAGAAGGCGUCUUGCCUACUUCAGCAACAAUCCACCGUCGCAAACCCUUCAUGGAGGCCCUAUACAAGGCGGUUGAACUUACUGCGCCUGAAGCUCUUGAUUGGACUCAUGACAUAGUUCAUCUUGAUGCUGCCUCCAGAGGUAAUUGGGUUCAAAGCCGCUAG